GCAUAUUCAAUACCAGAGAGCUCGAGGACCCAUUUACCCAAGGCAAUGGCUGUACCAUCAAACCAAGGCCUCUUGGCAGCUGCCUUCUCUGAGCACAUCAAUGCCUCCUUAAAUUUAAUUCGUGUCGCUUUAGAACUGGAAUGGACCAUCUUGACACGAUUUAUCGUUGGCGUGGCGGUUGCGACUUUUCUUUCCGUGGUGUAUCUGUCAUUGUCGCUUCGAAAUUCGAAGCAACCUCUGGUUGUUUGGGAGAAGCUGAACCGUCCCAUGGUCAAACUGUUUAGAGCAUGGAUUUUUGCUACUUUGCUUCGAAACGUGAACCCGUUCUCUGGAUCCAUAGAUGUUCGAGUUUCAACUUUAUCCAAAGGAUUUUGUACUGGUAUCAUGAGGGAUCGAAAAACCACGCAUAACCAAUACAAAAGGAUUUCACCAAUGGCAUUGGCAACGUUUGCUGAAACGGUUGGCGGAUUAGCCACAUACAGUACGCUCAAGAAAGAAGACUCGGCGAACCUUGCUAAUUUCAGCAUUGAGUAUAUGAAAACGGCAAGAGGUCUGUUAACGGCGUCAUCCGAAUUCAAGAUACCCGCUGAAGGAAGCACGAACGAGCCCGUGGAGCAAGAAGUGGUUAUCAAAGACCGUAUGCUGGACACGGUUGCGGUUGCUAAGCUGGUAUGGCUGUUGGAACAAAAGUCUAAAGAGCAAUGAACACAUGGGCAGCCCAUGUGUAACCUGAGAGCGAUUCAACAAAGAGAGCACACGCAUUGACCUGCAGUGCAUCGUAGCAUGAGCACCCUGUAUAUUUCACAGAAACGUUUACAUUUAUGGCUAUCCAACCAUGAUUAAUAAAUAGGUUGCGGCCUUGCAAGCUGUUAAACAAGAGGAGAAAGAAAAAAAAUUAUCAACACCACACCCCCCAAGUGA